AUGCAGUCCGGCGUGGCCAUCUCCCCACACAGGUCCCGUCCGUUAGGCUCGCGUGGACGCCGCGAGUCUCAUGUCAUCGCUGGACUUGAUGAAAAAAGAGUGUUUCGCAUCUGGGACCCUGUCCUCGGCCUCUCUCAGAAGAAGACUCGUGAAGAAGAGGAGGGUCGCUCCGGGGGCGCAGCAGGAUGCGGACCGGGACUGUCGGCUGUGCAGUGGGACAAACAUGGCCGCCGCGUGCAGCAGUUUGCCAGGUGCGAGGGCGUUUUGCCGCCUCCUUCAGGAAUUCACCGGCUGUGCUCCUGUUGUUCCAGGUGUUCCAUAUUUUCCCAGUCUGGCAGCAGUCGCACCGUCCGGCGGAUUCUGACGGCCUGCCUGCUCUCCUUCCUGGCCCUGCUCGGCUCCGUAUCCAUCGACCUCAGCUCCACCUUUGACCUGCUGCGCACUACGGAGGCGGCGUACGGCGAGCUGACGUCGUGCAGGACGACGGCUAUCCUGCAGCUCGUCGCUAAGCUUCAGAAGAUGAGGCGUUUAUUUACCAAAGACGUGGGCAACGAGACACUGGAGGCAACUUUUUCAGAGGUCGCGUUUCCCGCGUUCGGUCAUCCGUGCGGUGAAAUGGCGGGGGACAGCCACGGCCUCCCUUGCGGUAUUGAGCUGGCCGGAUUUUGCCAGGAGAUGAGGAGGAGCGUUCAAGGAUUUCCAAACGCUUCGUUGGACACAAACGGCACGAGUGAAAACGGUACGGUAGCUUACUCCCUGGCCAUCGGAAGACUUCUCGACAUGUGGGGUACGGUCGAAGAUACUUUAGCCAAAGUCCACCACAAUCCUAACUGGGGAGAUGUGCUGUCUGCAAGACUUCUGGUCGCGUUCAUAGAGCUCAACCACCAGCUGAUGGACUUCCCCCACCUGGCGGCUCACACCGGCUUCCAGUACAAGUGGACUUACGUGCUGAGCUACCUCGGCUUUGCCAGGGUUACGGCGGAGCGACUGAACGGCUGCUGGUUGGAGAACGUAGACCUCAAGUUGAACUCGAGCCAGAGUGUAAAACAUUCCUGGAUUUUUGACACGCGUCUGUGGCAGAUCUCCGGAGCUGGGACGGAGCUCCUGUCUGGGUCCGACGCCGCAGUUCAGGCUCUGACGAACGCUCAGCAGUGCUUGUUUGAUCGUGCGGCGCCGGCUCUCAGGUUGGCGUCUCGAUCCGUGUCUUCGGGCCUCAGUGUGAGGGUCUGCCUGCUGGCCAUCGCCUGCCUCAUAUACCCGGUGGCGAUAUUCUCUUUCAAGCUGAUGACCGAGUGGAUACAGAACUACGCCCAGAGCUUGAAGGAGAAGACCGAGGACCUGAAGCGCCAGAGGCAGCUGGCCGAGGAUCUGCUGCACCAAAUGCUGCCCAAGUCAGUCGCCAAGCAGCUCCGCCAGCAAAAACACGUCAAGGCCGAGAGCUAUGAAAAGGUGACCAUCUUUUUCUCCGACAUCGUGGGCUUCACCUCCAUCUCUGCGUCCUGUACUCCUCUGCAAGUGGUGGAGAUGCUCAACAACCUCUACAUGUGCUUUGACACUCGCAUCGACUCCUACAACGUCUACAAGGUGGAGACGAUCGGGGAUGCAUACAUGGUGGUGAGCGGCCUGCCUGAGAGGAACGGGGACAGGCAUGCCGACGAGAUCGCCAAGAUGGCGCUGGAUCUGGUAGCAGCCGUCAGACAGGUCUCCAUCCCUCACAUGCCCAACCACAGGCUGCAGCUCCGAGCCGGCAUCCACACAGGUCCGUGUGUGGCGGGAAUAGUGGGCUACAAGAUGCCAAGAUACUGUCUGUUCGGAGACACGGUCAACACGGCGUCCAGAAUGGAGUCCACCAGCCUGCCUCAGAGAAUCCACACCAGCUCAGAAACCUACUUGGCUCUGAUCAAAGACAACGCCUACGAGCUGCAGCUUCGAGGAGAGAUUGAGAUUAAGGGUAAAGGCAAGAUGAACACGUACUGGCUGAUUGGCCAUAAGAACUACAGCGUGCAGAACGACAGCCUGGUUUGUCACUGGAAUCCCAACAAGGCCAGGAAGAAGAAGACGGUGGCCGGCAGCGAGGUCUCUGUGGGCAAUUCAUCAGUGACAGUGCAGAGCCUCAGUGAGAACGCCACCACCCCCGUCUCCCUUCCCUCCUCAGUGUUGAACCAAACGCCGCCGCCGCCUCGGACAGACAGGCCUGGCCUGAGCGUGGCGGCGCAGGUGGAGCCCUGCGGCGGCAGCCACAGUACCCUGGGCUCCAUGAUUGGGGGGCUGCAGGGGGGAGAUGAGAGUCCUCUGCCCAGCCAGCGUGGGAGCAGCAGUGGGCACAAACCUGACCUGCUGCCUGGCUCCAACCACCACCUGUAACCAGCUCAGGACUUCAGUUACCAUGGAAACAUCACCUGACUCGCCGCAGGAGCGAGACAGAGAGGCUGUAGUAGAUAAAUUACUGCUCAAUAAUGUAAUCAGUCACUUGUUCCAGCUCAGACGCUUAUUUGCUUUCUGAACAUUUGAGUUGGAAAAACUUUAUUAAAAUAGUUUGUUUUCAAAGUGAAAGAGUCACCUGGUCUUACAGCUGACCUGGCCUCUAACAGUAGUAGUUUCUGUGGUGUGUGUGUUUCUGUGUGUAUAAUUUAAGUAUUAUUGUAUGUAGUCUGUUUCCUUUUUGUAGCUGUGAAGCACCGUGUGUUACAUGUGAAGUAUAAAUAAAGUUUACUUACUUCCUUUUGUUCCGUAUUUGAUCAGAUUGUGACGGAGAAAGUCUGCAGACUUAAAGAAGUCGAUGCUUAAAUUAAAAAUAAGAAAACUUUUGUUAAACGACAUUGUUUUCCACGUUACAUUAAAAUCAAAGUGAAGAGGCGUGUUUUUAUUCCAGCAGCAGAACACAAUGCCCACAGUCAACCGUAAAUUAUAACAGAUCAGAUUAUAAAUAAUCCCAGUGGCUUCUCCUACCUGAAGAUGUUGUUGUAGGUGAAGCCCUGCAGUGUCUGUGGAUCCUCCCGUUGUUCGGCCCAGCUGCUGUUUGUCUGUCUGAAACGUUGUGUCAAUAAAGUUCAAGAGUUCAAGGGA